AUGGCCUCUCAUCGUCGUGGAGCUCCUCAGACUCACCGGAGUUCAGAACCCUCCGUCCCUCCCCCGCGUUCCUCCUCCCACCCGGAUCAUCGCGAAGCAGCCCACCGCUCCGCCCCAGUUGCAUCGCCCUCCCGUUAUACCGGCCUCGAAUGCAUUAUUCCUAGCCCGCUAGACCACGCCGAUUUCGCCACCGAAGCUCCCGAUAACUACCGUGACUCCUUUAUCUCCAUCGUCGAUGACCCUUUCUUCCGACGCUUCGACGAUCCCACUGGCCACGGUCCCGCCGACGACGAGGCCGACUUCAACCUAGACUCACCGAACGACCUAUCGCCACGGCAUGAAGAUACUAAUGACCAACAUUGGAACCCUACUCGCAGAGAAUCCCUCAUCAUUGGACAAUCCUUCCAUUGGAACCCGGACGACAUGGAAAUCUUGAACAUAGCGCUCAUCGGUGCCACGGGGGUGGGCAAGUCGUCCUUUAUCCAGCGGGUGCUGGGUUUGUCGCGACCGCCCAUCACAAAUGCGUCGAGUGUCCGCUUGGCUGUGGAUAACACUACUUUCGGCGUGACCCUAUUGGAGCUUGACCUUGAAUAUUUUGACAUGAGUCCGUCCCACCCGAUUCAAUGGCCGAAACAGAUCAAUGGACACAUCGUGCCUCGCGUGGACGGUGCUAUGAUACUCUACGAUGUGACCAAGGUGGAGACUAUGAAAGAAGUCCCCCAGACCGUUGCUGCCUUGACCAAAUCUGGCCUUCCCGCCGUUUUGAUUGCCAACAAGUGCGACACUCCCGACAGCGUCCGACAAGUUGAUACCCAGCUUGUGGCCAACCACGAAUUCUUCAAGGCCUGCGUCGCCACCUACAACCUCUCAUCCGACUCUGUCGAGAAAGCACGCGCCUGCUUGCAUGCGAUUGUUCGAGCCUCUGUUGCGAAUCGCAGGGAUCCUCAGAAUGGCGAGCCAACAGCAGCCCGCCGACGAGCCGCAUCAACCGCCCACCUUGAGCCCCCCGACGCCUCCUCAGCCCGACCGCUUAGCCAACACGGCAAGCACAAUCGUGCAAGCUCCGAAAUAUCUGUGUUACGCGGAUCUCCGUCAGAUCAAUACAGACCCUCGGCCAGGAGCCCGAGGUUAGGUGGCUUCAACACGUCUCAACCAAGCUCGUCGGCCCAAGAUUCUAUAGCUGAUGAGUUUCAACCCUCCGUAUCAAGCAUGCUCCGAACACCUGGCGUACGGCUGGACCGCGCGCCAAGCGAUUCCUUCCUAGACAUGGACGAGUCGGAUGCCGAGUCCCACAGGAAUUCGGAGGAUAUACCCAUCUUGCAACGGAAUGAUGAGUCAAUCUCAGACAAGACCGUCAAAACCGCCGGCGUCACUUUUGACGAAUUGGUCGACCGGCUUGUGGCUCUGAAGAUGUCCAGGGCAGACAACAACUUCCAAGAGGUCUUUCUCUGCCUCUAUCGCAAGUUUGCUGCGCCGUCGGAGCUGUUCGAGGCGAUCUUGGCGAGGCUGGACCGAGUGAGGGAUGACAGGUCGGUGCACUACCUGACGAAAACGGCAACUCAACUCCGAAUCAUCGAGGUCGUGGGUAGGUGGGUGUCGUCAUAUCCAGGCGAUUUUGCACGGCCUGGGACGAGACGGCACUUGGAGGAAUUCAUCCGGCAUCUAUCAACAGAGCCCAUCUUCUGCAUCGCGGCUCGGCAAAUCCGGGAGCAACUCGAGCGCAGUGUGACAGAGGAUGACGAUACUGGCUGGGCCAGAUCGGAUGACGCGGCCGACGCUAUGACGGGGCACCCCCCUUCCAAGGAUGCUGUUCCGUCGAUAAGGGAUGGAUCUAACGGCAUCAGCAGUCUCUAUCUCGAAGAUGAGAGGCAGGGGGGAGAAAUCAGACCGUCCGGAAGCUCGGACUUCUCCCACAUGGACAAGGUCAACAGCUUCGUCGCGUACCAUUCAUAUGAGGAGUAUGAAAGAGUGGCAGCGACGUUGGAGCCUACCGACGUGCUGCCGAUCAACAAGGUCCGGUAUCAUAUUUUCAUGGACAUCCCGGAAGACGAGAUUGCGGAGGAAAUGACCCGGAUUGACUGGGUCAUGUUCUCGUCCAUUCGAGUGCGCGACUUUGUGCGCCACGUCAGCCUAUCAAUGGACCAGCGAGCGAAGUGCAAGAGUCUGAAGAGCGUCAAUCGCAUGAUCAAUCACUUUAACCACAUUGCCAAGUGGGCAGCCAACCUGAUUCUUCUGCGAGAUAAGCCGAGACACCGCGCGCAGAUGUUGGAGAAGUUCAUGGGCAUCGCGACCAAGCUCCGCCGCCUCAACAAUUAUAAUGGGCUUGCAGCCGUGCUGGCGGGUAUCACCGGCUCGGCCGUGCAUCGGCUGGCGCAAACCUGGGCUCUCGUGCCCUCGGAUAAGAAGAAGGCAUUUGCCAAACUCGGCAUCCUGAUGGGAACGCAGAAGAGUCACUUUGCAUACAGACUGGCGUGGGAGAAUUCACCACUGCCCCGGAUUCCGUACAUGCCCUUGCACCGGAGAGAUCUCGUCACCGCCGAGCAGGGGAGCAAGACAUUCGUUGGACCCGAGGGGGACCGGAUUAACUGGAAAAAGUUCGAGGUGCUCGGAGAGGUCCUUCUGCCGAUCAUGAAGAGCCAGAGUAUCCCGUAUCCUAACUUGACAAAGAGCGAACCAGCUAGGGAGCUCAUUUUGGACUGUCGGAUACCGACGGAUGAAGACGAGAUCUAUCAGCGAAGCAUUCAGGUCGAGAGCACGUCUGGAGGUCCAUCGGAUCAGGUCAAGAAGAAGUUCCCGUGGUUUGCCAAAUAG